UGUUGAUCACGUUACUGUCUGUAUAGUCAUGUGAUUGUUAUAAUGAAAAUGGCGAGUUUACAUUCGCCUCAUACAUCUAUGGGAUAGUUUACAAACAAAACACAAGAUGAAGAUCCGGUCACUGUGGGUGUAUUACAUGGGAUCGUCGGGAACAUCUCAGAACCUAAUAUUUUCAAGGCGAUUUCCUACAGUUGAGAAAUGGACAGUCCUGACUGAAAAAGACCAAUAUGUUCCAAUUCCACAGAAUACUGAAUUUACAAAAAACCUUUUUAAUUGCAUCAGAACAAACUCUAAAUUGAACAAGAACUCUGAACAGAAAUGUUCUAACCAAGAUAAAAGUCCAUUCUAUUCUAUAAACACUGCUGGUGGAAAACUCUUUCCUGUUAUUGUUUUAAAUAAGGACCAGUUCCUUUUCUGCUGUUUACCAUUUGUGGAUUCAGCAUCUCAUUCCAAAUCUUUCCUUAUUGAAAUUCCUGGUGUAACAUUGUGUCACGGUUUGCUGAGUGCCUUAUCUGAUAUUGUACAUACUUCACACUUAAAUAAUGAGAAUUCUUUAUUCAAUGAUAUAUCCACAUUUCUGAUUGAAACUGUACCUUUAGGGAAAAUACGCGAUGUUAAUUUGACGUCAAUCAAUGCUAAAAUUGCCAAUAAAUCAAUCUUUGCUGCCGGAAAUCAAAAACAACCUGCUUGGAGACCUAAUACACACAAGGGGAGAAAUCAAAUCUAUAUUUGUGUCUCUGAAAAUGUUAGAGCUGCUAUUUGUGGAACCAAUCAGAAGGGAAAUGACUGGGAAGUGUAUGGCAGGGUGACAUGUAAGUGUGAUCUGGAUGGUAUUGUUCCUGAGGUCACACUCAACAUUAUCCAAAUGCCUACAAAUGAAAGAUUCUGUUUGGAUAAUUUUACAGUUCACCCCUGUGUUCAAAGUGCUGAUGUUGAUGACGCAUUAAGUGAUAAUCAAGAGUUAGAUGCUCGCAGCACUUCUCGAAGAAUUCGAUUCAUUCCACCACAAGAACAGUUUACUCUCUGCAAUUAUUCGGUCAAUGCCCCCAAAGAUAUGCCAAUAACUGGCUACUAUGAUAUGCAGGUUGAACCAGGAGGAAAAGUCAUCAUUGAAGUUCGCUUAACGCUGAAUCCUAAAAUUAAAAAUUCUUUUGAUAUCUGUGAACUACAAAUACCAAUAUAUAAUCGUGGCCUUGUCCAGUCUUAUGAAGUGAAUGCCAGCCAAGGAAGUGUUCAACUGGUUGAUAAGCGUAAAUUGGUUUGGAACAUAGGGCAGAAGUUCCCUAGUAAAAACCUUGAAGUUUUCCUGACGUCAACCUUAUUACUCAAUAAACAGUUGCCUACAAAUCCUGACAUGUAUGAAGAUCCCUUUUGCAUUGACCUGAAUUCUUACGUUUUGCUCACAUUUCGGAUUAAUGAUUUUACACAGUCAGGAUGUCAUGUGGAUUCAAAAUCUGUACAAGUGAAAGGAAAAUUGAAAUGUAAACUAAAUACAGUUCAUGAAUAUGUAUCAUCUCAUUAUAAAUUCUGGAAUAUACAUGGUAAUUCUCUUACAAUAACACCACAAAGCUGAUAACACAGAAGAAAGUGUAAUUUAUUGAUUAUUAUUAUUGUUGUUGUUGUUGGUUUUUUUUUUCCUUUUUGUAAAUUCUUUUACUUGUUCAAAUCUUAUAAUAAAAUAUAUAGUAAGAAC